UUUACUCAUCUACCAUUCUAACCUGCCAAUCAAUGUCACCUACUUAAGUCGAAUAGAACAAGAAAGUCCAUAUGAUUGAUUGCAACCCUUUUAGACUGUUGGGUAGCAGCUUCUGUAGUAGUUGGGUAUAAAGAUUUUUCAAAAAUAGAAUUCAGGAUUUAACCAAAACAAUCUGAUAUUUGUCUUUAUGGAUCCAGAGUGUCACUGCAUCUGACACUGCUUGGACAAUUAUUUGACUGCUCAGUGAAAUUUAACACAACUGGGUUAUCUUCAAAGCCCAAGAGCAGCAAAUAUGAGAGUAAUUAUGAAGUGGGUGCUCAGAAUUGUUACCUGCUACAAAGUUUUCUGAUUCUUUCAGGGACUACUGUGGAUUUGAAUAAUUUUGUGGGUGUAGGGAAGCAUCCACCAUGCCCAGGGGUGUGUAUGGAGGAGUCACCAGAGGUUACUAUUACACUUACUCUUUUCCUCAACAUGAGAGCAGGGAGGAGUGCUGGGCCUGUAUGAUCAUUCCCAUUACAUUUUGGAUAUUUGCAUCACUGACAUUGAGCUUGGGAGUUUAUGGUACAUCUCAGUUGGUGCUUGCGCCAAACUAUUCUCAUCUAAUAGAAGCUAGCCCCAUUUUUGUCAAGGAGAUUCAGUUAAAAUAUGAUGAGCAAGAGGGUGGUCCUGUGCUGUAUGGUUUCUCAAACAAGCCAAAACUUGAUGUGGAAAGGAACUGGAGCUUGAAGCACACUCUGUAUAUCGAUCCUGAUUAUCAUAAGGAAUUUGCAGUUUGGUUGAACGCGGGCUCUAAAUUUUGGCUUAGUUGUGAAGAUAAGUCAUUUGGAUUUUUGGACAUCUUGCUCGUUGUACUCAAAGGAGAGGAGAGCUUGCAGGAAUGGAUACAGGAUCCAUCAAAUCCUCACUUAGGACUUCUGAGGCUAAAAAUAAGUGGCUAUGGGGAGACAGAAUAUAUAGUGAAGGAGGAUGGGAAUUAUUAUUUUGUUGUGGGAAACUUCAAUCAACAUAGUGCAGAGGUUGUGAUGAGGUUAAAUUUUACUUCCAAAAUGUAUAACACCCAAACUGCCAAUUACAAGUGUUCAAUGGGAAAGGGCUUAUGUGCUGUGAAGCUUUCAAUCCUUCAAAAUAGUUAUGCACUUCUAACAACUCCAUCUGGAAGCAAUAUAACGGGUGGAAGAAGCGUUUGGUCAGUUGAACUUUCUUAUGGAGCUCGUUUAUUGACAUACAUCAUUAUCUUAGGGGUUAUUAUUCUUGUGGUUUACUGUAUAUUUAGAAUAUUGGGACAUUUAGAUCAAACAACACAAACAAACACAGAACCUGAAGAAUCAGAAAGAACUCCACUGAUACCUCCCAAAGAAUCAACUAGUGAUCUAUCUACUUAUGGAACACUUGGGCAAGACCAAGAGUCGGGGCUAAAUUCUUCUACAGAGGAUUUAUACGAUGGAAAAAUUUGCGUCAUUUGUUAUGAUGAGCCACGAAGUUGUUUUUUUGUUCCUUGUGGGCACUGUGCAACAUGUUAUACUUGUGGCCAAAGGAUAGAGAUUGGUGAAAACAAAACUUGUCCAAUAUGUCGACACACGAUUAGUAAGGUGAAGCGAUUGUACAAUGCAUAAAAAUGGUUGAGAAGGGUCUUCUUCAAGAGGUCAAGAGUUUCUUAGUACUUUUUUUGAAAAAGGUAGAUGUCAACUAAUGGGGAAAUUUUGUUCAAAGAAAGAUGUUAGGUUGUUUUUACAAAGGUUUGUUUACCAAUGCAUUAUCUAAUUCUCAUAUUAUAUAAUGAGAGUUUGCCUUUUUUAAAUGGCGCCUCAUGAUUUGACUGUAUAUAAAAAGUGAAAAUUAUUUUUCCAUUUAUUAUAUUAUAUAUACAUGUUUAGGUA